AUGUGCGGUUGUAGCCAGCACGCUGAACUUGCUAUCCGCACUUUACUCGAAUACAGGGCUAACCCUCGGAUCCCCGAUAGCUCUGGUCGUACCAUCCUACAUCUACUAGGGCAUAACUCCCAUCAAGGUGACCCCAUCAAGACCAUGCUUCUGGAUUUAAUCCUGUCUCACGGUGCAAAUAUCAAUCAUGCCAAGAACAACGGGAAAACGGCAUUGCAUGUCUUCGCUCAGAACUUGCGGCAGGUCUCGGCCGCAAAGUUCUUAAUUGAGCAUAGGGCGGAUUUCCGGGCUCGGAAUACUCUCUGCGAGACGCCCUUUCAUACGGCAGCGCGGGGGUUUCUGAAUGAUCAUGUACGCCGUGAUGGGAGAGAUAAGGAAGUUACAACUGUGAACAAGAUCAGACUUCAAGAUAAGAUGAUGCAUGUUCUGAAGGAGGCUGCCGGGGAGGAUACUGCUAUGUUGAUGAACCAACCAAAUGCGGAGGGUAAAACCCCGCAGGACUUACUGCAGGAGACCAGAAAGCGGUGGCAGGGAAUGGAGCAGCCGAAACCAGGCCCCGGAAGAGGCAGAGGUAGAGGCAGAGGGUAG